GGUCAGAAACCCUAUCCCUGUGCACAAUGUGAUGCCUACUUUUCUACCAAAUCUAAUUGUGAGCGCCAUCUCUUACGCAAACAUGGAGUUGCCAACCUCUCCUUGCGAAGAAACGGUCUUGUGGCCCAGUCUAAAGAAAGUGAUGCUGGAUCACACGAUAGCACAGAUAGUCAGUCUGAUGCAGAUUUAUCAGCCGUGGAAGCUGAUGUGCUAGAUCUGACAUCUGGGGACAGGGAAAAAGCAGAGCAAACUGAAGUUACAGAAAGCGAGCAGAUGUCCAUGAACAAGCCGACUGAAAACCUAACACUAGAUCUGGAGAAGGCCAACCAGGAUGAAGAUGAACAGAUAGAGGAUGACGCUGUGAGCAACAAAAGCCUAGAUCUUAAUUUUGCAAGUAAGCUGAUGGACUUCAAACUAUCACCCAAUGGGCAGGCUUCGAGCAACUCUUGUGAUAUUUGUGGGAAGAGUUUCAAGUUUCCUGCUACCUUAGGAAGACACAAGAAGGCACAUUCAUGUGAAAGCAGUGAUCAGGAGAAAACCAGUGAACAUGCAGGCAAGGAUCUAUCAAUUCAUACUUGUAACCCAGCUAAUCAGGAUUCCUCAAAGGAGACUGGAGACCAGGAAGAGGAGCUCCCGGUUGAUUUAAAGGUGUCCAAAUCUCCUGUGGAAAGUGAGCAAGCUGAACAUAAGACAACAGAUGGAGAAGGAGUCUCAGAAGAAAAAGUAGAAAAGCCUUUGGACAAAGGUGAUGAUGACAAAGAUUCCAAG